AUGGCUUCCAGAAUCUUUGUGAUACGCCAUGGUGAAACUGAAUGGUCCAAGGAAGAGCGCCAUACGGGAUCUACCGACAUUCCCUUGACGGAAAGCGGCGAGCAGGAAGUCAAAGCUACUGCGAAUGCCUGGGUAGGCCAAGGCAAGUUAAUUCAGCCAAAGAAUAUUUGUCGGGUCUACUGCUCGCCUCGUGCGCGAGCUCGUCAAACGCUAGACCUCUUAGGCUUGGGCAUUGAUUCUGGGUCUAUCUCUUCCGUGACGCCGCAUCCGACCCUCUGCGUCACUGAGAACUUGCGGGAAUGGGGAUACGGCGAUUAUGAGGGCCUCACUAUAGCAGAAGUCCGGAAGUUGAGAAACUCAAGGGGCCUCGAUAAGGACCGACCAUGGAACAUUUGGAGAGAUGGAUGUGAAGGUGGAGUAUCACCAGAAGCUGUCUCUCAUCGACUAGAUGAGCUGAUCAAGGACAUGAAGCGAUUCACUAAGGGACCACAAGGAAGAGAGAGAGCCCCCGAUAUUGUUUGCAUCGCCCAUGGCCACAUUCUGUCUGCCCUAGCGCUGAGGUGGGCUGAACAACCAUUGUCGCAUGGAAUGAGGUUUUUAAUUCAAACGGCUGGAGUUGGAAUCCUUUGCUUUGAACAUGAUGACCUGAAUGAGCCUGCUGUUCUCCUUGGAGCUUCAGGACGGCACUGGACAUCUCGUGGCUAG